GACAGAGAGGGCGGGACACGGAGGAACGUGAGACAGCAGUGGUUGUGUAACGGACGCCUGUGCGGUGAGCAAAGUCACUCUUAUUUACCUCCCGCGGAGCCCUGCACAACUCUCACUGGGAGCUCACAGCAUAACGAUCCAUCAUGAAUUUCAUCCUGGAAACCCUCCAAGUCCUCCUGUUGUCCAUCUGGUACAAUCUGGAGUCCUUCGGUUACCUGUUUGUGCCCAGGAAGAGGAAGAACAUAGAAGGAGAGGUGGUCCUGAUCUCUGGGGCGGGCAGUGGGAUCGGUCGCCUCAUGGCUCAGGAGUUUGCGGCUCUCAACACUGUGCUAGUGUUGUGGGAUAUUAACCAGGAGGGGAUGAAGGAAACGGCAAGACUGGCUAAAGAGAGCGGAGCCAGCAGAGUGCACUACUAUGUGUGUGACUGCAGCAACAAGAACGAGGUUUACAGAGUGGCAGACCAGGUGAAGCGGGAGGUGGGAGACGUCAGCAUUCUGGUGAACAAUGCUGGUAUUGUGACGGGGAAGACGUUCAUGGAGGCUCCUGAUUCUCUGAUUGAGAAGACGAUGGAGGUCAACACCAUGUCUCACUUCUGGACCUACAAGGCUUUCCUUCCCGCCAUGAUUGCCAACAAUCACGGCCAUCUUGUCAGCAUUGCUAGUUCUGCUGGACUCAUAUCCUGCAAUGGAUUGGCAGACUACUGCGCCAGUAAGUUUGCAGCAGUAGGUUUUGCGGAGUCCGUGGGUCUGGAGCUGUUGGCCACUGGGAAAGAUGGCGUGAAGACAACCAUUGUGUGCCCAUACUUCAUCAACACAGGAAUGUUCGAUGGAUGUCAAACUAAGUGGCCAACGCUGCUGCCAAUCCUGGAUCCAAACUAUGUAGCCAAGAAGAUCAUCACGGCUGUGCUCACAGACCAGGUGUUCCUGCUCCUGCCCAGGACCAUGUACCUCAUCACUGCUCUCAAGACCAUCCUCCCUGUGAAGCAGGGCAUCAUGCUGGGCCAAUACCUGGGAGCCUUCAGCCUCAUGGACCACUUCAAGGGACAUGCCAUCAAAAAGCAGGAGUGACCGAGGGGAGAGGAUGAUAUGAAGCUAAGAGACACGGAAACAUUACAGGCAUUAAAGCCAAUUGAAUCUUAAUGGUCCCAGUGUAUGAGGUAAUAGAGGUGAGGGCAGAACAUAAUGCUGGUCCUCUCAUUUCAAUCAAACAGUGUAUCUCACUGUAUAAUCCAGUUUUUAAGCUCUCAUAUCCUUAACGUACUUGUUUUAUAUGUAUAGAUAAUUAGUGAAAUUAAAAUGUAAUCUUAUUAACAGUUUGUAUUUGAUUAGUGCUCAUAAGUUUCAGGCAGCCAGUGUCCUUAUACAACUCCUAGACAUGUAACAGCAAGUCAUAAAGACAGGAAACAUGGGUCCAAAGUCAAGUGUGAUGUUUUCUAAAAUUCCCUUACCUGCUGUGUACGUGGUGCCAAAGUUCAGCUCCAGCUCAGGUGGAAACAACACAGAUUGUUUCUUCUUCUGCUGUCAGAGAAGCAAGUCAGUGUACUAAUGACUACAAAGUACACUGCUCUAAUAAUUGUAGACAGGGCUCAUUAUCUCUUACAAUUCUAAGAAAUACGCAUAAAUACAAAAAUGUAUUAAAUGCAACCUCUAUCACUAUGUGUACAGAAGAAGUGACAUCUAAAGUUUAAGUGUACAAAUAUCAAUAUGCACUUACUACGCAGACAUUUCAUCUGGUAUAAUGCCAUAUGAGCGCAUUUGUGAAAGUUUAGAGUUUAAAUGUUAAUCUGGCUCAGCAUUUGCAGUCUAAAUAAUUUCACCUUAUAAAGCAUUUGCUCUACUCAGGAACAGCGGACCCUGCCUCAUGGUUUAAAAGUGAUACCCUUGAUAUAUCUUCACCUUGUAAAAAGGGGACACAUCUUCAACUCCUUUAUUCCUUUAUUCCUUUAUUCGCAAACAACAAAUGUACUGACUGUUCAAGCGUUAGCUGCAAUUAGCUAGCAGCGCAUUAGCAUGCUACAGCUAGCUGCAGAGUUCAAGCCCCCUCUGCUUUUCUUCUUU